AUUAUUUAACAUUAUCAUUAAUUAGUUCUAGCAUAUAUAUCAUCACAAGACCAAGAACUAUCUGUGAAUACUAGGGGGAAAAAAUUAACUGAAUCGAAAAAAUCAGUGAACUCCAUUCUUGAAAUUCUUCAAGCAUCCUUUACCCCCACCCACCCACGCACCCCACCCCACCCCACCCCCCACGACUUACCUCAACUUAUUCCCCUGUAUUCCAGGAAAAUCACUGCCACUCUCUUACAUAUGCCAUUUUUCAUCCCUAAAUGCUAAAUAUACUCACUUAAUUUCCCAAUUUCUCAUCUUUACUUGUUGUAUUUCUUCAAUCUGCUUCUUGGGGUUUAGCUUCUAUCAGGGCCAAGAAUUUUCUGUGAAUACGAGGGGGCAAAUUAACGGAAUCGAAAAUCGGUAAACUGCAUUCUUGCGCUUCUGCAGGCAUCCUUAGCAACCCCCCACCCCCACAAACUCAACCUCUUCAAUCUGUUUCUUGAGGUUUAGCUUAUGCCAGGAAAAUGGAUGGAUCAACAGUCCAAGGCACCAGCAGUGUGGACUCAUUUUUACGGAACUAUAAGCUUGGGAAAACUCUUGGCAUUGGAUCGUUUGGCAAAGUUAAAAUAGCUGAACAUACCUUAACAGGGCACAAAGUUGCUGUCAAGAUUCUUAAUCGUCGAAAAAUCAGGAACAUGGACAUGGAAGAAAAAGUCCGAAGAGAAAUCAAAAUAUUGAGAUUGUUCAUGCAUCCUCAUAUUAUACGGCUUUAUGAGGUCAUAGAGACACCAUCAGAUAUAUAUGUUGUGAUGGAGUAUGUGAAAUCUGGCGAGCUGUUUGAUUACAUCGUUGAGAAGGGCAGAUUGCAGGAGGAUGAAGCUCGUAAUUUUUUUCAGCAGAUAAUUUCUGGUGUGGAGUACUGCCAUAGAAACAUGGUGGUUCAUAGAGACCUUAAGCCUGAAAAUCUCCUCCUGGAUUCCAAAUGGAAUGUGAAGAUUGCAGAUUUUGGUUUGAGCAAUAUCAUGCGUGAUGGUCAUUUUCUGAAGACAAGUUGUGGAAGCCCAAACUACGCUGCCCCAGAGGUUAUAUCAGGUAAACUGUAUGCUGGCCCUGAGGUAGAUGUAUGGAGCUGUGGUGUUAUUCUUUAUGCUCUUCUCUGUGGCACCCUUCCAUUUGACGAUGAAAACAUUCCCAAUCUAUUUAAGAAAAUAAAGGGCGGAAUAUAUACUCUGCCCAGCCAUUUAUCAGCUGGUGCAAGGGAUUUGAUUCCAAGGAUGCUUAUAGUCGAUCCAAUGAAGCGAAUGACUAUUCCUGAGAUUCGCCUGCACCCUUGGUUCCAAGCUCAUCUGCCACGUUAUUUGGCUGUACCUCCACCAGAUACAAUGCAACAAGCAAAGAAGAUCGAUGAAGAGAUUCUUCAAGAGGUGGUUAAGAUGGGAUUUGACAGGAACAACCUUAUCGAAUCUCUUCGCAGUAGAGUUCAAAAUGAGGGUACUGUUGCGUACUAUUUGCUACUUGACAAUCGCCAUCGUGUUUCCACUGGCUAUCUUGGAGCUGAAUUCCAGGAGUCCAUGUUACAGGAAUAUGGUUACAAUCGGAUCAAUUCAAAUGAAGCUGUUGCUUCCCCUGUUGGGCAACGCUUCCCAGGAAUAAUGGAUUAUCAGCAAGCUGGUGCAAGACAGUUCCCCAUUGAAAGAAAAUGGGCUCUUGGCCUCCAGUCUCGAGCGCAUCCACGUGAAAUAAUGACUGAAGUUCUGAAAGCUCUGCAAGAACUGAACGUAUGUUGGAAAAAGAUUGGUCAGUAUAAUAUGAAAUGCCGAUGGAUUCCUAGCAUACCUGGUCAUCAUGAAGGCAUGGGUAUUAAUUCCAUGCACGGGAAUCAGUUCUUUGGAGAUGAUUCAGCCAUCACUGAGAAUGACGGGGUCACUAAAUUAGCAAAUGUGGUCAAGUUUGAAGUCCAGCUUUACAAAACUAGGGAGGAAAAGUACCUGCUUGACCUUCAGAGGCUUCAGGGUCCGCAAUUCCUCUUCUUGGAUCUCUGUGCUGCUUUUCUUGCUCAGCUUCGAGUCCUCUGAAGUUUCUGAAAUAAGGAGCUAAGUUGGAAGAGUAUCGAUGUUUUAUCAGAAAAACUCGUGGUUGUAUAUAAUUGGUAUACCAGCUCAGUUACUGCAUUUGUCUGUUAACAAAUUUCACCCUGCUUGGUCAGAGGUGCCUAGCAACUUUUUUUUGUUGAUUCGCUAGGAGUUCUAGCAACGUUUUAUCCGUAGCAUGUUUCUUCUUACCGUUGUCAGUGUCUAUGGAAUUUCAGUUACCUACA